GUUCUAAGUUCAAACCCAUGAUCAUAAUCACCAGAUUUUUCAUCCUACUAUGCAGCAUGCUCUUCAACUACAUCAAGCUAACUUCGUCCUACUUCAAAUGGGUUUUAGAGUUCCCUCUCUACCACCCAUUUUACAGCCCUUGUGUUCUUCAUCAUCAUCAUCAACCUCUUCAAGAUUUUCAUCAGAUCCUUACAGAGAAGAACAAGUGGAGAUAUGGCGUCGUCGUGACGAAGAAGAAGUGGAUUGUGCUGUCUGUCUGAGCCAGAUUGGUGAAGGAGACGAACUUAGAGUGCUGAGGUGUGAGCAUGCUUUUCAUAGGCUUUGUUUGAAUCAAUGGGUGGGUUUGAGGAAUUAUAAUUGUCCUCUUUUCAGGGAUUUUCUGGGUUCUGGGAAUAUGGUUGUUAAUGGUGUCAAGUUUCUUGCUUUUUCUGGUGAUUCUGAACGUGACAACUGGUGGCUACGAUUUUUCAUCCUACUAUGCAGCAUGCUCUUCAACUACAUCAAGCUAACUUCGUCCUACUUCAAAUGGGUUUUAGAGUUCCCUCUCUACCAACAUUUUGCAGCCUUCGUGUUCAUCAUCAUCAUCAUCAUCAUCAACCUCUUCAAGAGUUUCAUCAGAUCCUUACAGAAGAAGAACAAGUGGAGUCAGGAGAUAUGGCGUCGUCGUGACGAAGAAGAAGUGGAUUGUGCAGCGUGUCUGAGCAAGAUUGAUUAAGGAGAUGAAGUUAGAGUGAUGAGGUGUGAGCAUGUGUUUCAUAGGCUUUG